AUGGGUUGGUGACAAAAGUGGAAUUGAUAGGUUAAUAGUGAAAGUAGAAUCGACAGGUUGGCCUGAGACUUACAUGGAUGUGGUGUACGUGGUGCAUGCAAUUUCAAUGGACUAUUGCCGACGUGACAUGAUCUCUGAUGUUCAAUCAAAAUCGAAUAGAGAUCUCCUUUUAAACCCACCCCUAUGCAAACAUACUCUCUUUUCCUAUUUGUUCAAAAACAAAUGAGAAUUAUUGACCGACAACCUUUGUUCCAUUUCAAUGUGUAAUAGUUUGGUACCAUUGGAAAUUUCUUGAAGAGACGAUUCAAUUGAUACAAACUAUUCACAAUUUGGCUAGUUAUUGA